UCUGAUCACAAGGACAUCUGAUGAUGUGAAUCGUUCUCCGUUCGCUAAGAGAUGAAUUUUAAUAGUUUCUAUUUUCGAGUCACCUUUUUUAGAAACGGAUUUAUUUAUACGCGGUUGAUAUGUAUAGGGAUUUUUUUGGACUAGAAUGGACAAGAUGUUGUAUAUGUAACGGGGCUUUUGAGUUGUUCCGAAUUAGGGUCACUUGCAAUCGAAGCCCAAAACCAUCGAGGAAAUAUUUAAAACAAAGCUUGAGGAAGUCCAAAACAAGACAAAGUCGGCCGAUUGUGUCAAAAUGUGAAAUGGGUGCCUAACCUGUUGGAGCAUCUCCACUCCUUACCCAAAUUUUUACCCCAAGUUGAGUAAAAAUUUGGAUAAAAACUUGAUUUUGUAUGAAGCAAUCCAAUGGGCAAAUGCAAAUCUAGGCAUAAAUUUGAGUAAAAGGUUUCAUUAAUGGCAUAGUUGUAAAUUUGAAUGGGAGAAAAUAGUUUUCAAAAUUUGAGUAAGGAUUUGGUUUCAAACCAAAUUUGGGGAGAAACUUGAGUAAAACUCAAAUUUGGUAUGGGUUUAAGUAAGGAGUGUAGCGGUGUUUUGGGUGAUUUUUACUCAAAUUUGAGUUUGAGUUCAAAUUUGAGUAAGGAGUGGAGGUGCUCUUAGGCAAUGAUUGGGAGCAUGCUGGUACACUGCUUCCAAAGCUGGUGCUGAACUUGUGCUUUUUUGGAGCCCAACAAUUAUGUUAAGCAAUAAGCACGGAUUCUCAAAGUAAAAAUUGCGACUAUUUCUGCGUAGGACUAAGAUUUUGGUGAAGAUUACCCUCCUGUGAAACACAAUAAUUGUUCAGUCAAUCUGUCUAAUUUAUUUGAAUGUGAGGCUGCGGCUUUGUGAUGAAGAUACAGGUACAACCGUACAAGCAACCCUGGUUCUUUCGUUUAGUCAUUCGUCAACACUAGCCCUGUAUUUAUAUAUACAACUUGUAGGUUGGCACAAGCUAGGUUACAUCAAGUUUGGGACUUAAGACCUUGUUGCAGGAAGAAUGGCCAAGCAUCAUCCUGAUUUAAUAAUGUGCAGGAAGCAGCCAGGUAUUGCCAUUGGACGAUUAUGUGAGAAAGAUGACGGCAAAUGCGUAAUUUGUGACUCCUAUGUGCGCCCUUGCACACUCGUGCGAGUUUGUGAUGAAUGCAACUACGGAUCCUUUCAGGGUCGAUGUGUCAUCUGUGGAGGAGUGGGAAUCUCUGAUGCCUAUUAUUGCAAGGAGUGCACACAGCAGGAGAAAGAUAGAGAUGGCUGUCCGAAAAUUGUCAAUUUGGGAAGUGCCAAGACAGACUUGUUCUAUGAGCGUAAAAAGUACGGUUUUAAGAAGAGGUGAUAGUAUUGCACGAUUGUCUUCCUAGCCUUUUUGGUUACCAAUAUGUAUUAAUAUACUUGGAGAUAGCACAUUUCCAAAUGUUGGAAUGUCGUCAUGGGUCCAUUUGUAUCAGAUGUUUCUCUUAAAAAUGAAUUGUGUGGAUGGUGAUGGUGCUGUUAAACUCUUACUUAUCUGAAUGGGAACCUUGUCGUUGAAUUUGCA